AUGGACUUUUUGCAAUUAUCAAUAGGCUUUGCAGGCCUUGUCACCGUCGCAUCGCUCUGGAACUGGUGGGGAGGCGACCUGUUCCCUGCUGAGGGCGACCCCAAGGGUGACCCAGAAUAUUGGACCGAGACAGAACUGAGACGCUGGUUGAAGCUGGUAUUUCAACCGCCCGAGAUCCCGAAACCUGGAGCCGGACACGAAGAUGACUAG